CGCGCCCGAUGGUAGCUGUAAGGUGCGCAGCGCGCCGGGGCUGCGCAUGCACUGUGCGCCCAGGGGCAGAGCCGCGCACGUGUCACACGCCCGCUGCCCGGGAUGUAGGAAUGGCUCAAGCCGGCCCUGGUGCUGAUGGGUUACAUCUGGGGAAGGGAAAACACAACGGGGAGGGGAGGGAGAGUCCCUGGUUUAGAGUGAGGCAGAUCACUGGAGAGAUGUGAUACAUAGGAGACUGAGAUUGGGGAGUGGAUCCCCAGCCAGCGGAGGGCGCUAUAAUGAUUCUGCUUUGGAAGGAGGAUCCGAUCCUUGGCUCGGGGCUCGCUGAACUGAGCACGGCGACAUCUGGAGCACGAAUGACAGCACACACGGGAUCCCCGGCCAGAGGAGGGCGCUAUAAUGAUUCUGCUUCGGAAGGAGGAUGCGAUCCUUGGCUCGGGGCUCGCUGAACUGAGCACGGCGACAUCUGGAGCACGAAUGACAGCACACACGGGAUCCCCGGCCAGAGGAGGGCGCUAUAAUGAUUCUGCUUCGGAAGGAGGAUGCGAUCCUUGGCUCGGGGCUCGCUGAACUGAGCACGGCGACAUCUGGAGCACGAAUGACAGCACACACGGGAUCCCCGGCCAGAGGAGGGCGCUAUAAUGAUUCUGCUUCGGAAGGAGGAUGCGAUCCUUGGCUCGGGGCUCGCUGAACUGAGCACGGCGACAUCUGGAGCACGAAUGACAGCACACACGGGAUCCCCGGCCAGAGGAGGGCGCUAUAAUGAUUCUGCUUCGGAAGGAGGAUGCGAUCCUUGGCUCGGGGCUCGCUGAACUGAGCACGGCGACAUCUGGAGCACGAAUGACAGCACACACGGGAUCCCCGGCCAGAGGAGGGCGCUAUAAUGAUUCUGCUUCGGAAGGAGGAUGCGAUCCUUGGCUCGGGGCUCGCUGAACUGAGCACGGCGACAUCUGGAGCACGAAUGACAGCACACACGGGAUCCCCGGCCAGAGGAGGGCGCUAUAAUGAUUCUGCUUCGGAAGGAGGAUGCGAUCCUUGGCUCGGGGCUCGCUGAACUGAGCACGGCGACAUCUGGAGCACGAAUGACAGCACACACGGGAUCCCCGGCCAGAGGAGGGCGCUAUAAUGAUUCUGCUUCGGAAGGAGGAUGCGAUCCUUGGCUCGGGGCUCGCUGAACUGAGCACGGCGACAUCUGGAGCACGAAUGACAGCACACACGGGAUCCCCGGCCAGAGGAGGGCGCUAUAAUGAUUCUGCUUCGGAAGGAGGAUGCGAUCCUUGGCUCGGGGCUCGCUGAACUGAGCACGGCGACAUCUGGAGCACGAAUGACAGCACACACGGGAUCCCCGGCCAGAGGAGGGCGCUAUAAUGAUUCUGCUUCGGAAGGAGGAUGCGAUCCUUGGCUCGGGGCUCGCUGAACUGAGCACGGCGACAUCUGGAGCACGAAUGACAGCACACACGGGAUCCCCGGCCAGAGGAGGGCGCUAUAAUGAUUCUGCUUCGGAAGGAGGAUGCGAUCCUUGGCUCGGGGCUCGCUGAACUGAGCACGGCGACAUCUGGAGCACGAAUGACAGCACACACGGGAUCCCCGGCCAGAGGAGGGCGCUAUAAUGAUUCUGCUUCGGAAGGAGGAUGCGAUCCUUGGCUCGGGGCUCGCUGAACUGAGCACGGCGACAUCUGGAGCACGAAUGACAGCACACACGGGAUCCCCGGCCAGAGGAGGGCGCUAUAAUGAUUCUGCUUCGGAAGGAGGAUGCGAUCCUUGGCUCGGGGCUCGCUGAACUGAGCACGGCGACAUCUGGAGCACGAAUGACAGCACACACGGGAUCCCCGGCCAGAGGAGGGCGCUAUAAUGAUUCUGCUUCGGAAGGAGGAUGCGAUCCUUGGCUCGGGGCUCGCUGAACUGAGCACGGCGACAUCUGGAGCACGAAUGACAGCACACACGGGAUCCCCGGCCAGAGGAGGGCGCUAUAAUGAUUCUGCUUCGGAAGGAGGAUGCGAUCCUUGGCUCGGGGCUCGCUGAACUGAGCACGGCGACAUCUGGAGCACGAAUGACAGCACACACGGGAUCCCCGGCCAGAGGAGGGCGCUAUAAUGAUUCUGCUUCGGAAGGAGGAUGCGAUCCUUGGCUCGGGGCUCGCUGAACUGAGCACGGCGACAUCUGGAGCACGAAUGACAGCACACACGGGAUCCCCGGCCAGAGGAGGGCGCUAUAAUGAUUCUGCUUCGGAAGGAGGAUGCGAUCCUUGGCUCGGGGCUCGCUGAACUGAGCACGGCGACAUCUGGAGCACGAAUGACAGCACACACGGGAUCCCCGUUCGCGGGCGGAUUAGAGAGCGCAGGGUCGGAUUCCCUGGUUGUAUGCGAUGUGGACCCCAUGCUGACGGAGAUGCUGAGGAAAUUCCGCUUCCGGAAGGAAACCAAUAAUGCGGCCAUCCUCAUGAAGAUUGACAAAGAGCGGCAGCUGGUGGUGCUGGAGGAGGAACUCCAGGACGUCUCUCCAGAGGAGCUGAGGAGCGAGUUGCCAGAACGCCAGCCCCGCUUUGUGGUGUACAGUUACAAAUAUGUCCAUGAUGACGGGCGCAUCUCGUACCCUCUCUGCUUCAUCUUCUCCAGUCCAGCUGGAUGCAAGCCAGAGCAGCAGAUGAUGUAUGCAGGGAGCAAGAAUAGGCUGGUGCAGGCAGCUGAGCUCACUAAGGUGUUUGAGAUCCGGACCACAGAGGACCUGACUGAGGAGUGGCUGCGGGAACGGCUGGCCUUCUUCCGCUAGGGCUCGAAAGGCGCCCCCAGGCUUGCUCUGAAAUCCCCUUGAUUCCACCAGGCCUGAGACAUACACACCCCAAGCUACUGGCAGGGAAGCAAAUAAACCACUUGGGAACCAGC